AUGACCAGCAAGUACCCGCCGUCGACGACGGUGACGCGGCCGUCGAUCCAGACGAGGGGCCGCUCUGCGAGCAUAUCCAUGGAGGGCAAGCCCAAGGAGCUGGAGCGAAGGUCAACGGGGCUCACGUACACGAGAGGUUCAAGCACAAAUCUCGCUGGACCGACAGCGGUGGUGAAACCUGCUUCGUCGACUUCGAGGUCGAGGGACCCCAUUCGGCGACCCGCGACGCCCACGGCUCAGCCAGGCAUACCGACAACGACUCGCCGAGCACCUUCCUCUGCCGGUACGCUACUGUCGUCGGACCAGGCGGCGCAACUCAAGCGACCCUCGAACUCUUCGCUUCAGCGGCCCAACUCGCCGGGCAAAACCCUCUCUGCCAAGCCCUCUUCGUCACAUCUGACGCCUAACUCGCCCUCUAAGCUGCCAGCCAAUAUUGCUGCGUCGGCCGAAGUCAGCAAGCUUCAAGCAGAGCUUCUGCAGCUGUACUUGCUACAUCAGGAGGCUCCGAUUGUGGACGCCGAAUGGCGCGCGAGUGCAAAAGAGAAACUUGGCAACCGGUUUGACAGAUUGAGUGAGGAGAGUAGGGAGGUUGCUGAGCUAGAGAGUGCAGGCCUGGAGAAGCGGAACGUGCUUGCGCUGCGAAGAUGGGGCAGUGGCGGCAGAUUGGACGAGAAAAUCCAGUCUCUCGAGUCCAUCAUCACGAACGUGUGGUCGCUGAGCGACCCGGGCGGCCGAUAUGCCCGCGUGAUACAGCAUUUUGAGAUGUGGAUUGAUGGAGUGAGCGAGAUGGAAGAUGCCAGAAGCAAGGGUGCCGUUCUCGUCCAGGGGGACAACAGCCUGUUCAUUGAGGAUUUGGACGCCCAGUGGAAGGAAGAGCGCGAGGACCUCAUCCGUCUUCUCGAGGAGUGGAAGCUGCAGCUCGGCGAAAUAGAUGAUAUGAGCCGGGACGAGUACUUUACCGAGCCGCCGGACGAGGACGAGAAGUCGAGCCUGGAGAAGAUGCUGGAUGGGUCGCGCGCGCUAAUUGACGACAUGCUCGCCGAGCUGAGGAUCAUGGAAGUGAUUGAGCACGAGGCGCUUGUGAGGGAGGACGACUGGAUUGAGAAGAUGAAUGCAAGUGACGACGAUAUCCGAUUGUCGCGGGUGGGAGGUGCUUGGAAUGAGAUGUAG